CAAAAGUUGCCCGCUGUGACUCCUCAUAUUUCAAGCGACUGACUAUAUGAAAUCUUUGCUGCGCGUCUCUCGUGCUGCCCGCAUCUCCUUCUCACCGCCGCUACUUCGCCUCGCACGUGUACAAUACCCACUGAUCGCGCCGAACACUCAGCCCCAACACCGCCGAUACCACGCCGAGGAGGGCAUCAUGGGGAAAGAGAAGUUCCAGCUCAAGGUGCCCAAGGGCACGAAAGAUUGGGAUGGCAAGGACAUGGUCAUCCGUGAGAAGAUCUUCAGCACCAUCACUGAAGUCUUCAAGCGCCACGGCGCUGUCACCAUCGACACGCCCGUGUUUGAACUCAAGGAAAUCCUGUCGGGCAAAUAUGGCGAAGACAGCAAACUCAUCUACGACCUGGCAGACCAAGGCGGCGAGCUCUGCUCACUGCGAUACGACCUGACAGUUCCCUUCGCACGAUGGCUGGCCAUGAACUCGAGCAUUUCCAGCAUCAAGAGAUAUCACAUCGCCAAGGUCUACCGCCGAGAUCAGCCUGCCAUGACCAAGGGCCGCAUGCGAGAGUUCUACCAAUGCGAUUUCGACAUUGCUGGCGAGUAUGAUUCAAUGAUUCCCGACUCCGAGAUCUUGCGCAUCAUCGUAGAAAUUUUCGAGGCAUUGGGAUGGAAGGGACGAUACACGAUCAAGUUGAACCACCGCAAGAUCCUCGACGGUAUCUUUCAAGUGUGCAAAGUGCCAGAUGAGAAGAUCCGAACGAUAUCUUCAGCAGUGGAUAAGCUGGACAAGUCGCCGUGGGAAGAGGUGCGGAGGGAAAUGACUGAAGAGAAGGGCCUGGAUCCUGCCAUUGCAGAUCGCAUUGGCGAGUACGUGGUAGGGAGAAAGGGAACUGAGGAGCUUUUGGCAGAGCUACAGAAGGACGAACACCUGGCCGCAAACGAGUCAGCAAAGGCUGGUCUUCAGGAUAUCCAGACGCUGUUUGAGUACCUCAAGGUCUUCGGAACUCUUGACCGGAUAUCGUUAGACAUGUCGCUGGCACGAGGGCUCGACUACUACACUGGCCUCAUCUACGAGGUCGUUACCGAAGGGUCAGCGCCACAGACGAGCGAAGGGCAAGCACUACAACAGGAGGCCAAGAAGUCAUCGAAGCCGAAGAAGGUGGCAGACGGAGACGAGGAUAGAUCAAAUGAUCCUACGGUUGGCGUGGGAUCGGUUGCCGCAGGUGGUCGUUAUGACAACCUAGUCGGCAUGUUCAGCGGCAAGAAGACGAUACCAUGUGUGGGAAUCUCAUUCGGCGUGGAACGGAUCUUCAGCAUCACCAAGCAGAGACUUGCGGCGGACAGCUCCGCGGCGCCAAUUCGAACAAACGAGGUCGAUGUCUUCGUCAUGGCAUUCGGAGGGAAGGGCUUCGAGGGUCUCCUCAAAGAACGCAUGGAAGUCGCCACACGGUUAUGGGAUGCUGGCAUCAAGGCCGAGUUCUUGUGGAAGACGAAGCCAAGGCUUCCAGCCCAGUUCAAGGCCGCGGAAACCAAUGGAGUGCCGUUCGCCGUUAUUCUCGGAGACGAUGAGUUGGCUGCAGGCAAAUGCAAGAUUAAGGAAAUGGGCCUUCCGGAAGGCCACCCCGAGAAAGAGGGCGUGUCCAUUGACAUGGCGAAUCUGAUCGAGGAGGUGAAAGUUCGUAUAUCCAGACAGGCGACUACAGCCACGCUCUCGAAUGGUGUGAGCAGCAUCAGCUUGGAUGUCGAGGCCAAGGAAGCGCCCAAGACAGACUAGACGACAUGAUUGAGACAGUGUUCCCCUUCUUCGGAUUGUCUGCUUAGACUUUCUGUCCGAGUUGUCGCACCUCGGUCGCCAGACAAGAUUGCACAGCUUUCACGAUACCCAUUGCAGACGUAGAGCGUAAAUGAAAAUACGAUACAUCUGCUAAGCACGACUGAGAAAUCACGAGAUCUUUCAGAUGAAUGUCCCGUACACCAGUAUCAUAGUGUACAAUGAAUGGUCAUGUCAGCUAAUCGUCCGCAGGCGCCGCAAGUGAUCUCCCUCUCCACAAGACAAGUUUCGCUCCUAGCAAGUUUCUGUCUAGGCUGGCUGUCUCUUACGCCUUUGCUCAUUCUGCCAUCUGCUC